AUGUAAAAUCACAAAUAUAAGUAUAGCUUUACAAAUGUGCUAAUAUUUGUGUAUUUUUUUCUCAGUUUGAAGUUCGUACGUGUUCAUAUUUCGCACUCCAUGGUGCAUUGAGUUCAGGUCAUUGAAAGAGAAAAAAUUCCGCAUUUUGCUACCGAUAGUCGGUCCAUCAAACUCUGAAUAGAACGUGUGCUUACCUUUUGGCUAAACAUGAUGCAGCAAUCUUAUCACAAUGGAAGCCAAACAGUGUUUAGUAUUGAUUCGUUGCUUGCUAGCUCCAGAAGACCAGAUUAUGAAGGUUAUAAUGGGCAGUUCAUGACAAGGUUUCAGAAUUCUUCUGGCUUUUCUCCGACAAAUGUUUCGUCAGAGUAUCAGACUUUUGGAGAUACCAUCGGAAGAGAACGUCUUCAUCAUCGUAAUGAUUUUCAAGCUAUGACCUCUAGACCUCGUGAAAACAAACCAUUUGACAUAUCAUGUCAGUACCCUCAGCUUUUGGAUCAUUCACAUGGAAACUCGCGAAAUGAUUUGACUCAAAAUACGGAAGGAGACAGUAGAGAGGUCGGAAAUCGUGACAAUGAUAAUGAUAGUAAAAAUAGCAAAUCAAGAAGACGAAGAACAGCUUUCACAAGUGUACAAUUAAAAUGUCUUGAGGAAACAUUCCAGACCAAUAAGUAUCUCACAACAAUGGAACGAGACAGACUGGCACGAGCUCUUAAUCUUAGCAAGAAACAAGUAAAAACUUGGUAUCAAAAUAGACGAACAAAAUGGAAGCGUGAAAGUCUGGGUGAUCCUUUGCAAAAUUUUGCUGCCAAUCCUCAAACGUGUUUUCGCAUACCUCGACCAUCGUGUCCAAACCAUUUUUCAUCUUGUAAUCCAUAUGUGUCCCUAGCUAACCCUGUAUGUCCAUGGUAUUUGCAUCGUUAUAAUUCUUACGACAAUCUUCCGUCUUCCUAUGAUGUCCGACCAUCUACUUUUUCACUAUCAGGUUUUUCUGGGAUUUCUCACACUUGAAAAUCGUCGUUUCUUUCAUCUACUUAUGUUAGUCAAGCGAUUCAAAAUCGGCUAAUUUUUUGCGGAUUAAGCAGAGGCUAAUUAUCUUCAUUACAAGUUAUUGUAAAUAGUUUGAGCAGGCAAAAAUAAAUGACAGUUGUGUGUAGCUGUGAUCUUUCCAAUA